AAUUACGACUGCCUUUAGAGAUGUAAGCCAUAGUAAAGCCACAAAACGACUUCAGUGAACACUAGGCAAAAUGGCAAAGGGGCGAAAAUUUGUUCCAUCGAAGGAAAAAGAAGGAACCUGGGUAAGUUUAUUGCUGAAGACUUAAAAUGAACAUCGCAUCACACAGCCGCCGGGCAUGGUUCAUCAGAUGAAUGACUUUUAAGUUAGAAAAUAUAGCUUGACUCACUUUGAUAGAUAAGGACAAGUUACUUUUUUAGCAAGUGGCUAUGAGCUCUGGAUCAGUGUGAAGAAAGAUUUAAGAAGUAAUGCUGAGCAAAAUAUUUUGGCGCAUUUAUUUUGUGAAACCGGCGAAGAAGCCUUUGUGAGACUCUUCUGUGUGAUACCCUAAACGUGAAUUAACAUGGUCGAUGUUUGCCAACUUCUUACAGUGAUAAUCAGCGGGAGAAGUGACUUUUCUGCAUAGGUUGGAAAAACAUAUGUUUCUUAAAGCAUUAUAGUUUUUCUUGAAUCAGUCCAAGUAACGAUUUGCAUACUAAUUCAAAGUUUAAUUACGAAAACAAAAUCCUGUUCAGCCGUCAAAUUAUUGAAACAAAAGUCAGCCAAAAGUUUUUGUUUUUUAAAAAUGCAGGGAACACAAUGCGUACAAUAGGGCAGAUGUUUUGUCUUAAACUAACAAAAACAGCUUAAACAAACUAAAAGCAUAUGUUCAAGUCUCCAGUACAAAAAAUGGCAAAGAGUUAGGUUUAAAUGAACAUAUUUAUUUAUUUUCUUCUUUCUUAACUUUGGCCACGGGGGAAAAAAGAGAUUCACUCGACACCCAGAAUUUAACUAAGAAAAAUGCGGGAUGACUGCUUUCGUUUACAAAGAAUGGAUGUCUGGAACUUCAAUAACAGAGUACCCUGUCUCGAAAAAUCGGCCGUCGGUUUUACUAGAUAUGGUUUGGUAUGGACAAAAUUGAUGUCUUUAAACCUAAAACGUUGCAAAGGAAUUCCUAAAAUGAAGUCUGACGAAUUUCAAGUAACUGAAUCAAUGGGUCAGUAUACCGCUUAUGAGUUACUGACUGGCUCAACUAUAGUGACGUUAGUUCAUUUUAAAACUAAACCGCUCCUUUGAACUGACAUGCUAGAUGACACUAUAUUUCCGUUGAUUCCAUUUUUAGAGACUCUCCUAGCCAGAAAAUAAUUAACAAUUAUUCCUCGAGCCCGAAUGGGCUCUGAGAAAAUAGCCCAUGAGGCUGAAGGCCUCAUGGGCUAUUGACUCAGAGGCUAUGAGUAAAAUCCAACUAGUUGGUCAAAAAUAUCGAGACAAAACAACUUUAGUUAGCAAAACGCGAUUCAGUUGUCAUUGUUUUGGUUUACAAAGCCGGCGCUUUUCGCUACUAAUGGUUAUAACAUAUAGCCUAGUAGUAGCUCAACCGAUCAGAAAGCAGCAUUGAUAAUAGACCACUAGUUGGAUUUUACUAAAGAGAUAUAGCCUGAGAAAACAGCCCACAUUUGGCGACGCUAACACUGGUUUUCCCCGCAAGGAAACCAGUGGUAACGUCGCCAAAUGUCGGCUGUUUUCUCAGGCUAAAAGAGGUAGGGAUUAAACGAGUUAAAACAUAAAAGAGUAGGUGGAAAACUAUUCUUUGGUGCUUUUAAAGAAACUCCAGAAACGAAAAAAUUUUUUUUGGUAAAUCUUCAAUGAUAGGCCAAAGGAAUUUAACACUAUCGCAUUUGAACCCUCUCAGAGAAUUUUCGCGCGGCGCGGAAAUUGGACCGCACUGCUUCGUGUGAACAGCGUUUUACUCUCUUUACUCUUACUCCUUUCAGCACUCUGAUCAAAUAGGGCUCUAGCUUUCUUGAUAUAAAGAGGUUGACUAGUUUCUAGGCUAAACUAUUUUUCGCGCUCGGAAGUGAAAUGCUCGCUGUUCAAUUUUUUCUGCUCACAUCUGUUUGCGUCGUCCGUACGAUCUGAACGCCUGGAACAGGCCAAGGCUCUUGCGGCUACACCCCGUCAUUCUCGUGGUGACACGAAACGCUCCAGCCAUGGCAUGGCAUUACGUUAAGAGAUAGUAAACGUGGCAUAAAGCCCAUAUGCGAAAGUUGCCAAUUUUUCUCCGCGGCAAGUGCUUUUUGGUUCACGUGUUCUGAACGAGCCAUAUCCGCUCGUCUCGGAUGGUCUCGGAUAGGUAACCGAAAUGCAUUGACCGGGAAGGCCUGUGAAGACGCCGUACUAGGAAAACUCGAACGCACAAGUUUGCAACAGCCUUACCCAGACAUACUUUUUAUGUAGAGCAUGUUAUCCUUCUGCAAACUCUAGAAAUUGUUGUUAACUUUAUUGCAUUGCAGUUUUGCACACGUGGCUGGCCUAGGAGGCUUGAUGACAAGAAACCGUCAGAAAAACACGUAGCUUCGCCACCUAAGCGAUUUGAAGCAAAACACGAGGUAUAUAAAAACAGUAACUGGUAGAAGAAGGGCUGCACUGACACAAUAACCAGCUUAAAAAGUAGAAAUGUCCGAAUCAGUUUUCCAGUUAAGAGGAAGAAUGAAACCUACUUCAAAUACGGUUCACGUACUUACCAGAAAUACGUGAAUAGCAGGACCUCGCAGAGCACUAGGGGGAAGCGGCAACAAGUUGGAAGGAAGGGAAACUGAGGGCAGUAGGGAAGAAAAUUUAUGAAUUAUAAAAAACGUUUUGCUAUAUAAAGGAACAAAACAAACCUACAAUAACUAAAAAAACUAAACGAAAAGAAAAAAAGUAAAGGAGAGAAAAACAAAAACAUGUUUCGCCCGCAUCGAACUCACGACUUCCUACGCGCCGGGCCAUUUUUGUUUUGUUUUGUUUUUAAUUUCUAAAGUGCUCAAUAUAAGCUUUAUUAUAUACAAAUAUGGUAAAUUAUACUAGAGCUGUGUUCUUUUACAUGAGGUUCUAUUCGUUCAAAGCGUUAAAAGUGUUCUUUAGAGUAAUUCGAGGUAUAUUAUGGUUCGCAAACAGGAGGGGCACCCAACAGAAAAUUUUGAGAAAAAGACCUUAAAACAACAACAAAGCAUGAAUAAAGCUUUCUGAAGCCAUUUUAAGCAUUUUGGGAGAUUGCUGGAAAAAAUUUAUCUGUUCCUCACUCCGAACAAGACUAUUGGAAGAGUUCCCAGCCAGCAAGGUGCACCUACAACCUGCAACCUGACUUACUGGGAAGUUUCACGGGCAGACGGAUGUCCGGUUUGAGUGUGGUCAUAGGGCAAAAUUCAGCCCUCCAGUAGGGGGAAGGAGGGUCGAUAGGAAAUUGGUUGUCGCUUAAGGGCAAAAUUUCCCCCUUCAUUGGGGGCAGAGGUUUCUAUCACAUACCCGCUUUUCUAGACUCUAGACAUCAAAUCCCCUCAAACACCUUGGAUUGUCUAUUUCCCAGCAAUAAUUUCCUUCCAAGGACAUAUUAUUUUUUCCAAAUUUCCCAGCCAGCAAAAAAUUGGCUGAAGAACAAAUAUUUUGAGGAACAAAUCCAAUGGGUGCCCCUGCGCAGACUUAGAAGGUUACAGUGUAAAGACAAGUACUCCUUUAGUGAAUUUGGCAAAGGCCUCGCCUAUGCACCAGUCGGAAGGGAAAGUAGUACAUGGUGUGCCGGAGUUUGGCAAGUUUGAAUUGAUAUGUGAUGUGCGCCUGAACAGCGGAUUUAAAAAUAAUCAUAGGGUUAGUGAUAUCGUAGGCGAUAUUCGGAAGCGGAUUUGUAAAUUGCAUAACGAGCUAACGUCAUGGCCCAGUUUAGUACUGAUACAGUGCAGCUACUUAGCUGAUCGUUCUUGGCUCUUAUAUAGCCAAAGAGCUGUGGAUGGGGAGUGACUGGAGCUUGGUUUUGACUGAUUUCAUUGAUCUAUGUAGCAAUAGCGGUCCAGAAAAAACGUAGAUUAGGGCAGUCAAGAAGAAGGUGUUCAAUUAUUUCAAUUUUUCCACAAUGUGGGCAAUUUUCCAUGUAAUGUCGCAGUGUUUAUUGUGUAAGAGAGGGGUUUAGAUCCAGACGUUAGUGUUAAAGGCCGGUUGAGGGCGAGGAGCGGUUGUCAGUGUUGUAGCUCUGAAACAGUGGGCGGCGACAGAUGUAUAGGAGAUCCAGAUAAAUAGGGCAGGUGUUGUAGCGGUCGAGGUUAAGCCCGCGAUGUAUAGUUGGGCGGUUGCUGGAGUGGAGAAUUGGAGGUUAGGCGUGUUGUUGACAGGAGCGGUGUGGAGAAGAAUAAGAUAUUUCCACGGCUGAGGUAGAGCUUACAAGAUCUGUUGGAAUUCAUAAUUGUGUAGUGCGACCUAGUAGGUGAGGGUCUGUGUCUUCAGAGUUGUAUAGCCGCGUAGAUUACCGGGGGUGGUAAGAUUCUAGGGAUAGCCGAAUAUAGCUAGGGAUCCGCAGCCCCCGAAUAUUAGCGACUUCCCACCACCAUUUCGGCCUGGAACAGGUCCGCACAAUGAACUUUCUCUAAGAGGUAUAUUUUAUGUCACUUCUGAAUGUCGCCGUGUUGCCAUUCUGACAUGAAUGAGUGAAUGACGUUGCCAUCCUCGUGGGAGUCCCGGGCGUUGCAAAUUCCGACAAAAUUAUAAACUCGCUUUCACGAGGAAACAACACGGCGACAAAACAAAGAAAUACUUUAAUGGUGAAUGUAAUGAUAAAAUAUACCUCUUAGAGAAAGUUCAUUUAAUAUGACAAGGGGGUUGGGGAUGAAGAUAUUGUGGGGGGGCUCUGAAAAUUUUUAGACACCCGAAGGGGGAGCUCUGAAAAAAUUGUUGCGCUAGGAGGGGGGGGGGGCUCCGAAAAUUUGUAUACUUCAAAACCAACACAUGACAUCAUACAGAUCGGAUGGUUUUCAGCUCAACAAUUUAAUGACCUGUGCAACUCAGCUAUAUCACGUGGUUUACAGAUAUAACAAAUGUAGGGCGCUUUCCAUUUAGUCAAAAUUUCCGGAAUUUCCGGUUCGGCGGUAAAUGGAACACGUUUCGUCGGUUCGUCGCACUGGAAAAUUCCCAGAAAAAGUGGAAAAUCUAAAAAGGUGGUCCCGUUUUCCCGGUUGGAAAUUCCGAACGGAAUGUCGUGUUCCAUUUACGUUUCUCGUAGAUUUGUACCAGUUCCAGGUCCACGGUCGGGCACCGCCACGUACCGGGGUCUUAGACCAAAUGGAACAACUUUUUACCAAUCGGAAAUUCCACUUUUGCUACCACCGAAAUUUCCGGGUUUUUUUCUUAAAUGGAAAGCGCCCGUAAUCUCAGUAAUUAUUACACUCUUGUUCAUCCUUAAAAUGCUUUAGAAAAUUGUAUCACAACUGUAUCUCAAGUUUGUCAUAGUAUAAACCACUGAAGACAAUAACGGUAAAUAUAUUUAAUACAGUCUAGCGAUCUUUUUUCAGGGGAGCAAAGGAAUUGAGGGGGGUGGGGGGGGCUCUGAAAUUUUUUCGACUACCAAGGAGGGGGCUCCUAAAAAAUUGAACCGCUAGCGAAGGGGGGCUGCUAAAAUUUCAAGCUUCGAGUUUCAAUAUCUUCAUCCCCCCUUGUCAUAUUAAAUGAACUUUCCCUUACUCCACAGGUUCCAUUCAAGAGAUUCUCGUUUUCAACCCACGACAAUAGGCACACAUUUCAAGACCAAGGAGAGUAUUUUGGAAAUGUAAGUACAGCCGAGUACUAGGUGAAAUACGCAGCGGUACGUUUCGCUAAACUAGCGUCAACCAGUUCUAUAGCUUGCUCAGGAUGGCUAAAUAUGUGGUAUGAGUUUGAUGUUUGCUUCUCUCUCUUGCUCCGAGAGGUUUUUCUCCAGGUACUCCGGCUUUCUCCUCUCCUCAAAAACCAACACUCGAUCUGUAAACGAGUUCUUAACAUGGCUGCGUCACAGUUGUACAGUUCAUUUUGUUAAUAUUACUACGCUUCCUUAUGAGCUAUGAAACUUAACGUAAACGAAGAUCAGAAACUACUUGCAAACGACACCAUCACAGCUGCUUGCCCAACAGACAUACUUCCCAAUUAUACCAACGUUACUAACAACAAAAAUGAACUUUCAAAAACGGUUAGACUUGAACUGACAAGUUUUUAAAAACCUACAGUUUCAAUCCGUUUUAAUUAUCUUCAAGUUUGUUCAUCUGGGCCUACUUUUGUCUUUGCUGUGUUAUUUAAAACUUCUUUUAUUCAUUUUCUUUUGAGCGAUUAUUUUUCAACUACUGUUAUAGAAUUUUGUUAAAAUUUGUGUCACAGCUUGGUGCUUACGGUGCAACUGAAAUUUUUUCAAAAAUUUUCUCGUCAAAUUAAUUGAAAAUCUCAGUAAAUCUUAUUUGGUUGUUUGUUUAGUAUGCCUGAUGUCUGUACUUUAUGAAAUUUUUUUCAGGGUCUUGGCCGACGAACGUUUCCUGACCGUUGUCAGCACUACUCUAACAACCUGAUCACAUGGAAUUUACCUAACGACGCCCGAUCGUGCUACAUGGCCUCAUAUCAGGGUCCCCUAGGGGCAGAUAACAGCCAGUAUAGACGAUUCCCUAGGGUUCACCCAGACGCUAAGCCUGGAUCAGCUCCGUUAGAAACAACAACGACCAAAUGGUUUCAGCGACCGGAUGUUCCUUACAAGACACCUCUACACGUCCUUGCCAUCACGCAAGAGCCCUUCUUGUCUCCAAACAAAUGGGCGUAUUCGUACAGGCCAAUAUGGUACUAGACGAACUGACAUUUAUUGCUUCCUUUGAAUAUUUAUAAGGAUUAAAGUUGCGAUUUUCAGUGGCUCUGUUUUUGUGAAGGGAAAAAUAUUUCAAUUUAGCUACAAAUUCUUGGCUUGGAUGAGAGGAGUCUCGUGAUUUAUCUAGAUCUUCGAUCUUGUUUUAGUCUUUUUUCCAAGUGUGUGUGUAAUUUUUACAAAGAAAAUGUUUUAUAUAUUUAAUAGGAUAUGCCACUAUCGCCCAAUCAAACAAGAAACCAGGUCAGAAUUUGAACAAGAAACGUUUGAAGUUAUUUAUAAGUUUUUAAAGCUGUUUCAUUUUUUGUGAAUACCACCGUUAAAAAUAAUAAAAAGAAACGAAAUAAAAAAGUCAAAAUAAUUUUUAGGAAGUUUACUUUUGAGUCCUUCAUGAAUGAGCGGUGCACUGAGCCCCAGUUUAAGGCCUCUAUCCAAAGACAUUGAUCAAAC